UCGAUCGAUCAGUCACCACAACCACGCACUCCACUACAGGCUAACACAAUGGCAGCUCCCGCCAUCCUCCGCCUCCUCCCUCUUCUCCUCCUCGCCGCCGCCGCGAACGCCGCCACGUUCACCAUCACCAACAAGUGCCAGAUCACCGUGUGGGCGGCAGCCGUGCCGUCCGGCGGCGGGCAGCAGCUGGACCCGGGGCAGCAGUGGGUGAUCGACGUGCCGGCCGGCACGACGGGCGGGCGCGUGUGGGCGCGCACGGGCUGCAGCUUCGACGGCAGCGGCAACGGGCGGUGCCAGACGGGCGACUGCGGCGGCGUGCUGCGGUGCGCGGCGUACGGGCAGCCGCCCAACACGCUGGCGGAGUUCGCGCUGAACCAGUUCAGCAACCUCGACUUCUUCGACAUCUCCCUCAUCGACGGAUUCAACGUGCCCAUGGACUUCCUCCCCGCCGGCGACGGCGCCGGGUGCGCCAAGGGCGGGCCGCGGUGCGAGGCGGACGUGGCGGGGCAGUGCCCGAGCGAGCUGAGGGCGCCCGGCGGGUGCAACAACGCGUGCACGGUGUUCAAGCAGGACCAGUACUGCUGCACCGGCUCGGCGGCGAACAACUGCGGCCCGACCAACUACUCGCAGUUCUUCAAGGGGCUCUGCCCGGACGCCUACAGCUACCCCAAGGACGACCAGACGAGCACCUUCACUUGCCCGGCCGGCACCAACUACCAGGUCGUCUUCUGCCCAUGAGGGACGAUGACUUGUUAGCUGGCAUCUGAUCGAUGUGAUCUUGGUUAGAUGUAUACACAAUAAACAAGCAUGCAUACUUUUUAUGCGAGUUUGUAUCAGAAUCAUGAAGAGAAAAGUUACUCUGUAAUAAAGUAAACCAUUCAAAACUGAAGUGGUUUUUCACUUGUAGUUUGGUUAAUUACACAGGCAUGAACGAAUCCGUUCAAAUUCUAUUA